GGGGAGGCUGGGCCGGGGGCGGGGCGGCGGCCGCGGCCGUGAGCCCGCCCCCCGCUCGCCCUCCGCUGACCGGCUGGCGCGACCAUGGAGGUCUACAUCCCGUCCUUUCGCUACGAGGAGAGUGACCUGGAACGGGGAUACACGGUAUUUAAGAUAGAAGUGCUAAUGAAUGGAAGAAAACAUUUUGUUGAAAAACGGUACAGCGAAUUUCAUGCCCUGCACAAAAAGCUUAAGAAAUGUAUUAAAACUCCAGAAAUCCCUUCCAAACAUGUUCGGAACUGGGUCCCAAAAGUCUUGGAACAACGACGACAAGGUUUGGAAACAUAUUUACAGGCUGUCAUUCUAGAAAAUGAAGAACUUCCCAAACUGUUUCUUGAUUUCCUAAAUGUGCGACAUUUGCCCUCUCUACCAAAGGCAGAGAGCUGUGGAUCUUUUGAUGAGACAGAAUCUGAAGAGUCAAGCAAACUGUCCCACCAGCCGGUGCUGCUGUUCCUCAGGGAUCCAUACGUCUUGCCUGCAGCCAGCGAUUUUCCAAAUGUGGUUAUUGAAGGAGUUCUCCAUGGGAUAUUUUACCCUCAUCUACAGCCCAGGAAAUAGACACCACAAUAGGUAUUUUAAGCAGAAUGGAAUAAUAAGAAGCAGUGCUUACAGAAUCUUUUGGAAGGAUGAGGGGAAUGAACUCCUGGUGGGUCACUUCCAGAAUGCUCCAGCAAUUUCCGAUACCCGCCUGCCAGGGGAGCUACAGCCUCUGCCUUUAGCAGGAAUUCAGGGAGCUGGGAGGCUGCUACUGAAGGUAUUGAAGUCAAAAACAGUACAUGUAGCUUCGAUCCAGGGAUCAGCACGUAGGAUCAGGAGGUAACUUACCACCAUAACUACCUCAUGGUAGCACCGAGGAAGCUGGUGACUGGGCACUAGAACAAAGUGUUCAGCUGUCACCACCUACACCACAGUUGCCUCUCAACGCCCAUGACUUUGCUUGUCAGCAACUGCAGCCUAAAGCAGCAGGAAGAUGGUAUUCACCCGCUUCCAUCUUUUACAGCUCAUGAAAGCACAUGCAAUUGGAAGAACCUUAUUCUUGAUCCCCAGCUUCAAGGGAGUCUGGGAAGGAGUUGGAACUUUCUGGUCUCAGCACCUCAGAAAUGCACAUUGGAAAGAGGAUGGAAUAUAUUUCCACAGUCAAAAUUUUAAUAAAAACAUAUGAAAGGAUAUAUAAAAAGAAAAGUCUUCUCCCAUCCUGUCUCCUAGAUUCCCAGUUCCCCUUCCAGAGACAACCACUGUUCUUGGCUUACAUGUAUACUUCCCGAGAUAUUUCAUCCACAUGCGAGCAAAUAAUGUAUAUUUAGUGUACAUAUAUUCCGUUUCCCUUUUUUAUGAAACAUGGAUAUUUCAAAGCAUGGAUUCAUAGCCAAUAAAGAAGUAAAGAGUAGAGGGAAGAAAACAAUAAAGAAGAGGAAAAGAAAUCCUCUUACCACUUAAGCCAGCAUAUGGGGACAGCCCUCACACUCCUUUGUCCCCCAGUUCUUGAAUUUGAUGGUUUGCCUGGGGCUAAUCUCAGAAUGUCCCUCAGUUGCUGUUGUAUGCAGAGUCUUUCUCAGGCCUAACCUCCAUCACCUGGCCAAUUUGCAUAUGGCAGCCCUGGUGUACUUUCUCCUGCUGUCCUCCUCCUCUCCCCCAUUUCAGAGAGCGGGCCAUGUAUACAAAUGGCACCCAUAACACUGUGACUAUCCCCACAUGGUAAAUUCUUCAGUCAUUUCACUUUGAAAAGUAUAGAAAUCUCAAGAUCACAGUUUAGGAAUAACAAAUGGCUUUCAUCUCAUCUGUCAACUCUGAUCAAUUGAUAAUGGCUCAUAAAGCGCUCAGGUAAGGAUUCUGACACCGAUUUGAGUGGAUACUAUCCAAAGAAAGCAGAAAAUAACAAGUGUUGACAAGGAUGUGAAGACUUUGAAACCUUUAUACAUUGCUGGUAGGAAGUAAAAUAGUGCAGCCUCUGUGGAAAAUGGUAUGACAGUUCUUAAAAAAAUUAAACAUAAAAUUACCACAUGAUUUAGCAAUUCCACUUCUGGAUAUAUACCCAAAAGAAGUGAAAGCAGGGACUCGAACAGUUAUUUCCACACCCAAGUUUUUGACAGCAUUAUUCACAACCAAAAGGUGGAAGCACUCCAAGUGUCCACUGAUGGAUGAAUGGAUAAA